UAAUGGUUAGAUACUCAGAUCUACCUGAGAAAUGACGUGAAAAGUACUAGAGUACCAGUACAGAAUGUAUGUAUGAAAGCUUAUUAACUUUUUACCCAAAACAAAACGUACUUCAAAAUGCACUGAUUUCAGGGAUAAAGGACUGUCUGCCUCACAUUACAUUUCGAAAACACUACACCACCACCGUUGUUGCUUUCUUUGCCCUUCCCUUCUACAAAAAAUUCAAAUGCUAGUCACACCCAUAUCCACUCUGACAUCAGGAAACCACACAAACAGUUUAAGACUGAAUCACUUGAGGAAGAAAUGAAACCUAACUUGUGAAAGCGCGCCUUUCUCCACUCAGACAUGGCAGAGCUUCGCAUCCCUGGGAGGAUGAACCGCUCCAGACCACAGCUGAUCAGGAACACAACUCUAGCUGACUUCGAGAGGGACACAGCGAGGCGUGAUGCUGCCAGUGAGAAGAGGAAGCAUUCAGAAGCGUCAAAGCAGGCCCUGAAGAGAGCCCGAAGCUGUACUGAAACACGAACAUCAUCAGGAAGCACUUUGUGUGUGAGGCACAGCAGCCCUCUGGAUAUUUACUGCUGCACGGACGAGCAGAUCAUAUGUGCAUUGUGUGCUCAAGCUGAGCACAGUGGACACACCAUAGGGUCGGUGAGGGAGGAAAGGAGGAGGAAACAGGAGGAGCUGAAGAACAUGCAAACAAAAUCCAAGCAGAUUCUCCAGAAACAAGAAAAGAAAUGGGAGAACAUGGGGAAGAUUCAGAUUCAGGAGGAAGCAAGAGAAACACAGGACUACUGUGAGAGCGUCUUGGCCGGCGUCAUUGACUCCCUCCAGAGACAUUACAUGUCAUUGAGGGAGCUGAUCAGAGGUCACGAGGAGGAGGCAGCAGCUCAGGUUGAGAUCUCCCUACAGACCCUGCAGGUGAAGAUGCAGGAAAUGAGGAAGAGAUAUGCUGAGCUGAAUCGUCUGACACAGACCGACAGCGAUGUCCAUUUCUUGCAGAAAUGGCCCUCCCUGCGGCGCCUCUGUGAAAAAGAACAUCUCCAGCUUGUCCACGAGGUCUCAGAGGAUCCACUCCUCCCCUUUAAGUUUAUAGAGAGAGCUGUCGAACAGCUUGGGAAGCAACUGGAGAAAUUUUGCGACAAAGAAUUUGCCUCAAUCUCUCAAACUGCUGACAUUGGAGAGCAGCAGGAAUCAGAAGGAGAGACAGAGGAGGACGACAUGCAGCAAAGAUGGGAAGCCAGUACCUCACAGUCCCAUGGUCUCUCUGGAGUUAACACUCUGACUGAACAGAACGUGGAGCCUAAAACCAGAGCAGAGUUCCUGGAGUAUGCAUGUGGCCUCAGCCUGGACCCCACAACAGCUCAUGAGGACCUGGUUAUUUGUGAGGGAAACAAAGUGGUGAGUCUGAGCCCUCUCCAAUAUAAGAGCCAAGCUAUUCGUCACCCGGAGAGGUUCAACCACCGACGGCAGGUGCUGUGCAGAGAGGGACUGCAGGCAGAGCGCUGCUACUAUGAGAUAGAGGUGGAAGGAGACAAGGCUGAGAUCGCCCUCGCCUACAAAGGAAUGGACAGGAAAUCUCGCACUGCAUUGUCAGCUUUUGGGGGCAAUGCAAAAUCCUGGAGUCUUGAUCGCUCCACAAACUAUUCUGUAAGCCACAGAGCUGACAGCAUUCAACUGACAACAUACCCCAGUCAGCGCAGGCUUGGUGUUUAUCUGAAGUUUAAGGAGGGAACUCUGUCAUUCUACGAGGUGUCAGACAGUAUGACGUUUCUUUACAAGAUUGAAGCUAAAUUCACAGAGCCUCUGUAUCCAGGUUUCUGGCUUGGAGAGAAAUGUCGCAUCAGGAUCUGUGAUUUGAAACAGGACAGACUGUGAACUACCUGUGAGGUUCAUAGACAGGGCCAUGACUGAAUCUCAUUUGUAGUCUUUUGAUUGUUUGGUUGUCUUCUACAUGUGGGGUUGCCCAAUAUAAAGUAGCCCCAAAAUAAGCUUCGUUAAACAGUAGAGCCCUCUGGAGCCAUAUCUCAAUAGAUUUUUUGGUAUAUGAAUGAAAUGUCAAAAUGACAUAUUUGUGUACCCUCAAAGGAACAGAAAUAU